AUGAACCAUGGAGCGAGAAGAGCUUUGAUGCACCUAACAAGGCGAUAUCGACCUCAAUUACCGAUAUCAAGAGCCCUAAGAUGGUCUUCCACCUUCGACAAAAGACAGUGGUCUACACCACUUGCCCGGACCCUGGCUGAUGCAAUCAAGGUUACAGGGCCCAUAUCAAUUGCAGCGUUUAUGCGCCAAGUAUUGACAUCUCCGGAACUCGGCUACUAUACUACUCGCACCGAGGUCUUUGGGGAGAAGGGUGAUUUUAUCACCUCGCCGGAGAUAUCGCAAGUCUUUGGUGAACUUGUUGGUAUAUGGACUGUUGCGGAAUGGAUAGCCCAGGGACGAAGGAAGCAUAAUGUACAGUUGGUGGAAGUUGGGCCAGGGAAGGGUACAUUGAUGGAUGAUAUGCUGCGAACAUUCCGGAACUUCAAAAGUUUUUCAUCGAGUAUCGAGGCUAUUUAUCUCGUUGAGGCUAGUGCUGCGCUACGAGAGAUCCAAAAACAGCGACUCUGCGGCGAUGAUGCAGUCAUGGAGGAGACGGACAUUGGGCAUAAGAGUAUCAGCAAGCACUUGAACGUUCCGGUUAUUUGGGUAGAGGAUAUCCGAUUGUUACCACAUGACGCGGAAAAGACACCGUUUAUAUUCGCCCACGAAUUCUUUGAUGCGCUCCCGAUUCACGCUUUUGAGUCUGUCUCUCCAACGCCGAAGGACAACGUACAAGAAAUCAUGACCCCCACGGGUCCGACGAAACUGCAUGAACCAGCCAAAAAAGUUAGCAGCUCUCCCGAAUGGCGCGAGCUUGUUGUUACAUUGAACCCCAAGGCAGUCGAAGAAGACAUAGACGGCGAGCCUGAAUUCAAAUUGACGUUAGCAAAAGCGUCUACGCCAACGUCUCUGGUCAUCCCGGAGAUAUCGGAUCGAUACAAAGCCCUGAAGUCCAGGGCAGGCUCGACUAUCGAAGUUAGUCCAGAAAGCCGCAUAUACGCCGCUCAGUUUGCUCGUCUUAUUGGUGGGGUCGCAUCUCCUUCCCCCUAUAAUCAGAUCGCCGCUGCUUCUCGAAAAGCUCCACAUCCUUCAAUGGUAGCACCUGUGAAACGGGUUCCCUCAGGAGCAGCUUUGAUAAUGGAUUAUGGAACUAUGUCGACCAUUCCAAUCAAUUCAUUGCGCGGAAUCCGUGAACAUCGAGCCGUGCCCCCGCUCUCAUCACCGGGUCAGGUCGAUGUCAGCGCAGACGUGGAUUUCACAGCACUGGCAGAAGCAGCGAUUGACGCAAGUGAGGGCAUCGAAGUGCACGGGCCGGUAGAGCAGGGUGAUUUUCUGCAGAUGAUGGGAAUUGCAGAGCGAAUGCAUCAGCUGCUCCGUGGUAUUUCAGAUGGAGAGAAGAAAAAGAACCUGGAGAGCGCGUGGCGACGACUAAUUGAGAAGGGACCCAAUGGCAUGGGCAGGAUUUACAAGGUAAUGGCUAUCAUACCCGAGAAUGGAGGGAAGCGUCCCCCUGUUGGAUUUGGGGGGAGACUUUGA